AGCCGAUCCAAUGGCGCUCACCGUGCGACUCAGCUGCCGCCACAGCCGGCUGCAGCAUCGGCGGCCGCGGCGUCCUGGCAGCGAGACGCCGACCCACGUGGCGGACGGCGUCGCUGUCGCGUCGGUGCGUCGUCGGCGUCCUCCGCGCCUCGACGCGCAUCACGCACGAGGCCCGCUGCGCGCCGGUCCUUCUUUGCCAUGCGCCUCCACACUCCUCGCUCCCUCUCUCUCUCGCCUCCUCAUCGUGCGCCUCGCUUCCAUGGCGGCGUCUGCCGCGCCGCUGCCGGCUGCGGCGUCACGCAGCAGCCCGCCGCAGUUCGCAGACGCCUCGGCACACGGCACGCCGUGCUUCGUCACCGUGUGGAGCCUGCUGCCGCCGUCGCGCUGGGAGGCGCUGGCGUGGGCCGCCGGCGUCGGCGUGCUGCACACCAACGUCUGGCUGCCCGACACGGCAACCGAGUGGGCCUUUGGCGGGCAUGACGUGCCGUGAGUGGGCGGGCAGCACCGGCAGUGCCAUGCUAUCUCAGGCAGCUCGCUCAUCGUCGGCACAGCGGCACGACGGGCAUCUUUGCCCUGCCGCGCGACCUGCCGCAGGGGCGCCCAGCCGACGGUCUCUCGCGCCUCGGGC